ACGCGACGAAACACACCGUCGCACGAGAAGCCGCCUGGUCGCGCAUGGUGCAACAAGCCAUUCCAGUCCAUCGCAGAGCCUGACCUCCAAAACCAUUAGUGAUCAUCAGCUACACCUAAGGUUGUGUCCUCGUCACCACUGAUCGGGUGGCGUCAGCAUUCCACUCAAAUUAGAGACGUCGCUAAACAUUGGAGCACUUUGGGCCUUCCCACGGUAUCAGCGGGGAUCUGUUACCCGCAGACGGUCGCAAUUCGCAAGUCUUGGUGGCGGACAAUCCGUGCCGGACCUUGUGAUUCGUUGCAUCUCCCUGGCAACCCCUGCAUCUCCCUUCCGGCUGGCCUGACAACUCCGUUCCACCCAUGGCGAUCGGCCCAGCAGCGCUGCUCCCCACCAUCCUGGUCCUGGUUGCGCUGGCGCCCAUCGCUUUCCUGCCCGCGCGUGCGAUCGAGAACAAAUGCAGCGCGUGUGUCGCUAUCUCGAAGGAGCUGCUGCUGAUACUAUCCGAGGAGCGGCCGCGCAACCAUCUGGACAUGAGGAAUCGGCUCAACUCACAGGGCAAGCGGGAGGGCAAGCUCAUAGACUACAGAGUGAGUGAGCUGCGGGCAGUGGAGAUUCUGGACGGGCUGUGCAAGAAGAUGGACAAAUACGCCGUGGUCACUAAGGAUGACAGGAGAGUGUGGAGCUCCCACCGCGACUACUCACGAUCAGCCAACACUGAUAGAAAGAAGCUCAUUCGCGAGGAGCAGGGCAAGGAGAUCAAGCGCUGGUGCGACAGGGUGCUCGAGGAGUACGAAGAUGAUAUCACGGGUGUGCUGCGGUCGGGCGAGCUGAACUUGGAUGCGGACGUGCCGGGCGUGCUGUGCACCAACAUCACGCGCUCCUGCAAGGCCAAGGCACUGCAGCGCGAGGUGCUUGCUGCAGACGACGGGUCCGCUCCAAGCAACGGCAUCAGUGCAACCAUCUCGCCAGCGUCGGGUGGGGGCCUGGUGGAUGUGACUGAGGAGGAGACGAGCUCGAGCAGUGCUGCAGGCACCACCGGGAUGGGUGGCAAGCCAGCGACAGAGGCAGCAGACGAAUUAUGAGGCAGAUUUACCCAGGGGACUUGGCUGUCCGAUGUCUGUCUGAUCAAGCCCGGCUGGAAAAUCUGUUAGCACUUGAACCGUACUUAUGCAGUGAGUCGCUAUAAACUGCCAAAACAUUAUGCUAUUACAACAACUUGGUCCACUACAUUUU